AUGAAAAGAGACGUAGCCUACGUUUCUCAAUGCCUGCAUCACGCUGAACCUCAUCAAGUAUCAACCAGACUACAAAGCCAUCAGCAACACCAUGCAGCACCCGAAGUCGCAUUCAUGGCACUUCGCCGCAGUUUUUACGAGCCGACGUCGGCGCCCGGCCGGGGAUGGCCGCGGGAGUGGUAGAACGACGUCGGUAGCCCGACGGCGUACGACACGGAAGCGUGCGCCGCCAUUCAACCGUCAACAACCUCGGCCGGACCUCGCCCCUCUGGGCCUCUGCUACCUCAUCGACUUCGGGAGCUUGACUCCAAUCGAAAAACGGCGCGCCGUUUUGCCGUACCACUUAGUAUCGGGGCCUCUGCCCGGAUCCCGGGCGCCCGCGUCGGGGCCUCGUCCCGGCGGCGCCGAUGUUUCCGCGAGGCCGAACGGGAUCGGAGGAGCCGAUGGGAGCGGGUACCCCGGCGGGGCGGUCAACGAUUGCCUCUUUGGGGACGGCCCGCGCCUGCCGGCGGUGCGCACCGCUCCUCGGCGUCGAGGCGGAGACGCUUUCCAGCGCUCGGACUCUGGGUCGCCGACCGCCGCGGACUACGGUCCCGUGCCGAACGGUCACCUGAUCCACGCGGUGGCCUUCUCGCCGACACUCCCUCGAUUGCCCUCGAUCUCGCCCUCCCUUCACGGGACAUCGGGCCGCCCGGGGAUGGGAAAUCCGGUUUUCGCGCACCCGCUCUCCCUCCUCGACUUGGCCGCCGCCCUGUCCCUCAACUCGGGCCGUCCGUCGCCCCUGUCGCUUCCCCCUCCAUAUGUCAUAUAAUUAAAGAAAAUGUGUCCUCUUCAAAAUAUACAACUGUUAGCAUGAGCAUAAGAGAGGAUUUUGUCAAAGUGUCAGGUGAGAGUGCAUCCGGCCAGAUGGGCGCGCCUGCUGUUGCCCACGUCAGAAAAUCAAAAGCCCCUUCUGAAGAAAAGUCACAGAAGGCUGUCGCACCAGUUGCUCCGCCGCCAUCUCGGCCGAGCGCGCAAAGGUGUCGCUUUGAUCGCCUUACGCGCUAUAAAAGAGCGACGUGCCACAAAUCACGCCGCCGUUCAAUUCAGCUAUCGGAGCGGGAGUGGUCGUAUUUUCCUCCUCGGUCGAUCAACCAAAUAUUCUUGGAGAUGACCGUCAUCAGAAGCGGCAGACCGGUCCCGACGGUUCCCGUCAAGAACCCGAACGGCUCCGGUCCCGUUCGCCCCGCUCUCGCCGGGAUAACCUGCAUCCUGAUGAGCGCGGCGGGGCUUCCCGUGUGCCUGACGCGCCCCCCCGAGCCGGCGCUCCACCCGCCUCCGGUCAACGAGAGCGACAUCGAACCCGUGCAGGGGCUGGGCCACUGCUGUCGCAAAAGCACCACCGAGAAGCAGGCCCGCAAAGGUCGAAGUUCCGAGGAGGUGGUCGAGAGGCACCUUCAGAAAGUCCGCAAUCCCCCUGAAGAGGACUGCACCAUUUGCACGGAGGUACUGGCCGGCCCUUCGGGCUACGAGGGUCCCGGCGGCGUGUCUCGGGCCGAAUCGGCGCGCCGUCUGGCUCGGUGCGGCCACCGGUACCAUCUGCGGUGCCCGGUGGCCAUGUACGACAACGGCAACAAGGACGGCAGCUUGAGAUGUGCCACGCGCGAGACCGUCUCCGGCGUGAAAACCGGCAACCAGCCGCCCGGCAAGAUGGAAUACCACGUCAUCCCCCACUCGCUCCCCGGGCACCCCGACUGCAAAACCGUCCGCAUUAUUUACAAUAUUCCUCCCGGCAUUCAGGGGCCGGAGCACCCCAACCCCGGCAAAGUCUUCACGGCCCGCGGCUUCCCGAGACACUGCUACCUCCCGGACAGCGAGAAAGGCCGAAAGGUUCUGAGGCUUCUCCUGGUAGCGUGGGACCGCCGCCUCAUCUUCUCGGUAGGCACGUCCGUCACCACGGGCGAGUCGGACACGGUCAUCUGGAACGAGGCGCACCACAAGACCGAGUUCGGCUCCAACCUGACGGGCCGCGGCUACCCCGACCCGGGACACCUGGACAACGUUUUGGAGGAGCUCGAGGCUCAGGGCGUCGCCGAGGACCGACGUCUUCCCGGGGAACGCGCCUAGCGUGGCGUGGCGUGGC